CAGUUCUGAACCCUCGCACCAGGUUUCUUUCCGGAAUUUGUUUGAGGACACUCAAAUUACGUACUUCCUCUAAAAUUCUGGCUUCGGGGAAAAUAAACACCAACGACCCAAGCCUUAAGUCAAAACGACGAAAGAAAAACACAUUUGAAACAACCAAUUCCAUAAAAUAAGUAUUGUACCUGAACACGUAACAUUCAAGACACAAAAUGCCCCAGAACGAACACAUUGAGUUACAUCGUAAGCGCCAUGGCCAGCGCCUGGACCAUCAGGAGAGGAAGAGGAAGAAGGAGAGCCGUGAGGCCCAUGAGCGCUCACAUAAAGCCAGGAAGAUGAUUGGUCUGAAGGCCAAACUCUACCACAAACAGAGGCACUCAGAGAAGAUCCAGAUGAAGAAGACCCUCAAAAUGCACGAACAGAGGAAGACCAAGCAGAAGAACGACGACAAGACGCCUGAGGGAGCAGUACCAGCCUACUUGCUGGACAGAGAGGGACAGUCACGCGCCAAGAUCCUCUCAAACAUGAUCAAACAGAAGAGGAAGGAGAAGGCUGGUAAAUGGGAGGUGCCCCUGCCCAAGGUUCGGGCCCAGGGGGAGACGGAGGUGCUCAAAGUAAUCCGUACAGGCAAGAGGCAGAAGAAGGCCUGGAAGAGGAUGGUGACCAAAGUGUGCUUCGUAGGUGACAACUUCACCCGCAAGCCUCCCAAAUAUGAACGCUUCAUCCGACCCAUGGGUCUACGCUUCAAAAAGGCCCACGUGACCCACCCGGAGCUGAAGGCCACAUUCUGUCUUCCCAUCCUGGGUGUGAAGAAGAACCCCUCGUCACCCCUCUACACCACCCUGGGGGUCAUCACCAAGGGAACCGUGGUAGAGGUCAACGUCAGCGAGCUGGGCCUGGUAACGCAGGGGGGAAAGGUCAUCUGGGGUAAAUACGCCCAGGUGACAAAUAACCCAGAAAACGACGGCUGCAUUAAUGCUGUACUGCUGGUGUAAAAUAAAGAACUCUAUGGGACGUUUUUCCGGACACAGAUUAAGCCUAGUACUGGACUAAAGCAUUGAUGGAGACUCUCCAUUGACCUUGUUUAAUAGUCCAGGACUAGGCUUAAUCUGUGUCCGGGCAACCGCUCCUCUAUACAGACUGUGCCUGUAACAUACAGCCAGAGUUGGGGCUGGCAUGGAAUAACGGACAUCUGUGGUUAAACCGUGUGUUGGAGAUGGAGAAAACAUCAGAUGGCAUAUUUUGCAACAAGGUGUCUUGUAACUAAAUUCUGAAACGUGCUCAAAGGAAUGUGACUAAAUAAAACAUUUUAAAUGUU